UGCAGCAGCACAGUGGAGAAGCCAUGGAGGAACACAGUAGCACAAGAAAGCCUAUCUAUGAGGAAGACAGUGGAAGGAGAAAGGAGGAAGACAGUGCAAGGAGAAAGUUUACUGCUGAGGAAGACAGUGCAAGGAGAAAGGCUACUGCUAUGUCCAAACAGGAGAUGGUGUACAUGGUGUCCAUCCUGGAAAAAAAAGAAUAUGACUGCAAAGAGGCAGAGUAUUCAAGGCCGAAUACAAGGAAAAAUAAUAUCUUGGACAUAGUCAUCCAAGGGCUUCACAAGAAGUUUGGAGUAACCAGAUCAAAAGACCAGCUUCGUAAAAGAUGGUCAGAUUUGAAGUUGAGAGAGCGAGAACAACUUCUAAGCAUUAGAAGGAUAAUUAAAAAAAAACAAAAGCGUAAAAAGUUGCUUUGGACCAGAAAAUAUUCUAGAGGAAGUGCCUCUUCUUCUGUGGGCAAGCCUGAUCCACCAGAGUCAGAGGAUUGUGAGAAGGAUGACAGGGAGGAGAAUAAUGACUCGGAUGACACUGUGACCAUUGAUCCACUUGAGCAGUCCAAAACCUAUGCAACCUCUGAUGCAACAGAAAAUCCAGUGGAAGAGUUGAGUGACACAUCUCCUAGCAGCCCAUGCAUUCUAUUAACCAGUACAGAAGAAUACAUUGCACCACAAAAACUACUGUAUCUUUAUACAGAGGGACAGCCAGAUGUUCAAAUUUCAGAAGAGUUUUCCAUUGCAGCAGCAACCAAGAACUCUGAUCCAAAAAAAGAACAAAAUAUCUUAGGGGAUAUUGAAAAAUGCAAGCAAAUCUUGGCAAACAUUAAAAAAUCUGUAAAUUCAUUAGAAACAACACUUGAGAACAUAUGCAAAAAAGUUUCUUAUGCUGAUGAAUAAUUUGCUGUAAAAAUCUUGUGCAUUUUUUUCCCCAAGUAUGUUUAUCACAUAAUAUUUUGCAUGUG